AUGAAGAGGAGAAAUAGCAAUUGUAGUUCCAACAGCAAGAGGGCAGCGAUGUUCGCGGAAACCUAUGCGACUGCUAAGACCUAUCGCACUCUGAGCGACAAUGACGUCCUAUUUGGCAGAGGGACCGCUAUCAACGAUAGGCCAGGCAACCUAUUAUUUAGGGAAGAUGUGGAACGGUUAAGACCGGAUUACUUGGAAGCUGAGCGAACUGACAAAACCCUGAUCGCUCGUCGGGUCGUUCAAGGCGUGAAGCAAAGAGGGGGCCGUUUCAUGAAGCAGAAAGAGGGAGAUGCGAGUGCCAAACUAUACGUGGAAGUUGGCGUCGAAAGAGCAGUGGAAAAAUGCCAGCAGGCUUUGCGGGAGAACAAGUGGUCGACGUGUAAGACCGUCGUGACUGCGGUGAAAACGGCCGCCUUUGAUGCCAAGACCGGAAAGGGUGCUCACAAGAAGAGGAGCUCUGCUGCAGAAAAGCUUCAAAAUCAGGAGCGAGCGACCGAGAAGCGGAAAGUUGGAGAUGGGAAGAUUGCUGUGAAGACGGCCAGGAAGACAUUGACAAGGCCAAGCGCCAAGCCGGCCGAGGCGAAGUCGACUGCAAAGCACCGUGUGUUGAAGCCUGUCGAGGAAAAACCAAUGUCCAAGGGAAAAGAGGAACAGAGCCGUGCGAAGUCUGGCGAGAAAAGGAAGGGCAUCCAGUCCACGGAAGAAGAUAGCAUUGUCUCCUCCCACCAAGCAAACAAAAAAUCCAGACAAGACGGCCACAAAAAAAUUGCCGACCCCAAGGUUGGAACUGUCAAACGAGCCACCUUGUCUGGGCCUGGCCCGGCUAUCAGGCGAAGUAGCAGUGCCUCCAAAGCAACGGAGAGACGCAUGAGCAACUCUACCAAACAACAAGAGGCAAAAAGGAACACGGCUGCUGCAAGCAUUAGCAACACCAGCAAGAGUAGUUCCCAGAAGCAAGUCCUCAGUCGGGGCUCGUCGUCCACGUUAGAUGGACACAAGUCGGAGGAUGACCUCACAGAGGAACACCCAUCCAUGGACGCAAGCAGUGACUCCGGUACCAUCUCAGAAACUGAUGAUGACGGAGAUGAUGACACCUUGAUGGAGGAUGCAAAUGACGCAGUUGCGGGAGGUCUUUCACUGGUCCGCCAAAGUCUCCGCAUGAACACAGUACAUGUAGUGAGGAGAACCGGCAAUCGUGCUCUUCAUAACUCAAACGCUGGCCAAUCACAACGUCCACCAAUGCAUCGUCUCAUUAUGGAAAGUCCUUCACCCAGCAACAACCAAGGCACGAGUUCAGAAUGGCUGAUUGACUCCAUGAACUGUGGCGGUUGUGAUGCGUCGUCGCCUUCGAAUCAAGCGACUUGGGAGCAGUUCUUUGUGGCAUUAGUGCACUUCAAAGAGGUGCACGGCCAUUGUGCUGUCCCACCUACUGCAGGUAGCCCGCACGCUGGUUCUUCCAAGGAAGAAAGAGAGCACGCGAGACUAGCUGAUUUCGCCUCGGUCCAGCGUCAUCUGUUUCGCGAGAUCCAAGCUGGACGGAGAGCUGCUUCUGAUGAGGACAUGCUGAGAUUCCGCCGUUUGCAGGCGAUCGGAUUCGCGUUCGAUUACGAGGAAUGGCAUUGGAGUCGAAGAUACGAUGAAUUGGUUCGUCAGCGGAACGCGACGAAGUCCGGCUUGGAGGUUGACCUGUCAAAAUCGCUGGGGUUAGCCGUGUGGGUUAAGGAGCAACGACGUCUUUGCUUGUUUGGGCGACUUGGCAGAAUCCAGCCAAUGCGACGUGACAGAGUGGAAAAGCUGGCGAAAAUGAAUUUCGAAUGGGCCAUCGACGCUAUGAAGCAAUACGGGAAAGAUUCAACCGCUGCUGCUUCCGAAACAGGAUGUGACACGUCAAGGGCAGGGGAGCAAACCUGCUCCCAGACGACUGUUUCAGUGGAAGGCCCAGAAAAGCCUGUGGCAACAGCGCCAUUAGACGAAAUUGCUCGCCCAGCGACGGAUGCCAAUCCAAAUUCGACAAAGAUGGCAGCGGUCAAUCAACCACAAGCUGAGCUUGUUUCAGUGGGCCUCUCAACGACCACUGGCAAAGAAUCAACCCCCAGCAAUUCGAAGGGAGACGCUGCCAAGAACUCCAUAGGAACGGUUGCCAAAACGGUUACUCCGUCGGCCCCUUCGUCAAUCGUACGUCAUCCACCCGUCGUGAAAGAAUCUCUGAAGCAUUCCGAGGAGGUUGCAAAAACCAAGCCUGAGAAGGAAGGUACCUUUCAGAAUUCUGGUACACUGGGGAAAGGAUCCGCGGGUGAUAUUGCGGCCUCUGUUUCUCCAGAUUCGCAAGCUCUGAAGAGCCAAAAUCUAGACGGGAAGCGUUCUGGAGGACACCAGGAUGUAAGGACCUGCGGAAGUGAAAAUGCCUUGCCUACCAUGUCAGCCCAGUCCCCUGCAACGCGUUCUGGACUCGAUUCGAAACACGGAGACAAGUCGUUUGGCACUGCCUUGAAGGUGACGGAUAAACGGCCGCAUGUGACCCCUCAACCAGCCCCGCUGUCAGCCGAAGAGAAGAAAGAGAACGUCCCGAAGGAAUCACCAAUGAAUGUUCCCGUGACCAAAUUCUUAUCGCCAUCUUCGAGAGUGGAUAUUGCUGCCUGA